CAAAUAUCCCCAUUUAUAAAUAUCAACUACACCAUUGUUAUUCAUGGUUUUGCCAAGCUAUUCACAAGUUUCUGGAUCGUCAAAAUAUCAAACGAGCGAAAUCAUUCAGAAGGAAAUUAAAGAGGAUCGGAAGAAAUGUGUUUGGUGUUCGUAUGCGAUGAAGAUGAGAGGAUCGUCGGACAAAAACAUGCGCCGGGAAAUUGUCCUUACUGCGGCGGGUUGAUACAGGCGAUGGACAUCGAAAGUCAGUGGAGAUUGUGUUUCCUUCCUUUAUACUACAAGACCAAACGUAAGUAUUACUGUACUCUCUGUUCCCGACGCCUUGUUGUUCAGUAUUAGGGUUUUGAUUUCAUCGUUUUUAAGCGAUGAUCAUUCGUUGUUUUCGAAAUCUUAGUUUGAUUUAUGUAUAUUAUUUACAUGUGUAUAAAAUUAGAAUCAAUAAUGUGAAUUAUAUGAAUCUAUGUAUUUUUAGUCUCGAUUGUGUUUUUGCAUAUGAAUUACUGUUAAAUUUAGAUUUCGUCUUUCACA